AAUUUUAUAAUUUUAUGUCAAAAUACCACCCCUUCUCAAAAUUUUUAAAACUAUGACCUAUAAAUACAUUUUUAUUGUAAAUUGAUUGCACCCAUAUCACAUUUUCAGAAAACCUGAGGGGAACUACGGGUUUAGAAUGACUUCGCCUCCGCCUCUUUUCUCGUUCGAUCGUCUACGGCCUCCGCUUCCUCUCUCCUUCGUUCUUCUACGCCCCUGCCUCCGCCUCUGCUUUUUCGAUUGUCUGCCUUCCUCCUCCUCCUCUGCUUUUUCGAUUGUCUACCUUCCUCCUCCUCCUCCUACUUGGCUCUUCUCCUCAGCUAUCAGCUAUUUCAUACCCAGAAGUGUUGGAUCCUGAGCAAGCAGUGAAAGGGCUAUCUGGUGUGAAUUGGAAUAAAUAAAAAAAAUUUGCUGGGUUUUUGAGACUUGUGAUGUUAUUCAUCAGUAUUCAUGCCUGGUUUCUUCUUGCAAUAAUUUUGUUGAUUGUUGUAGGAAACUCCGCUCUCAAACAUAGACAAUGAACAAUUGAGUUGACAUGCUGCUGGGAGAAUUAUUUGCAAUGCAGAGAAGACUUGUCUCUUACUUUUGUGUUGAUGAACUGGGUGAGAUUCUUUAAGAGUGAUGUGUCAUAUUUGAAUUUUUGAAUAUCAUAUUUUAGUUUUGUUUUUAAGUUUUGAACUUUGUUCUAUUUCAGCAUCCUAUAGACCUGUGUUAACUUAUAUCUACAUGUGAUAUGGAUAUAACUUAUGCUUUCAAAUUAAUUUGACUUGUGUUAUAUCUUGUUUCGUACCUUUGUUUCGAAAAUUUCUUUGUAAAGACCAAAAAGAAUAGUGUGUUUUUUUUUUUUGGGUGGUAUUUUUGUUAAUGAUAAUUAUAGUAUUGAUUACUGGGUAGAGAAUGAGCUACAUUUUAUGCUUCAUGAAGUAAAAUGGCUGAGCAACUCAAAUUUGGUUUACACAACCAAGGCAAAAGGAAAAUACUAAUUUUGGAGCUUAUAUAUAGUGGUUAUAUAAGUUGCAGUUUCCGUUACUUGUAAAUCAUGAUUUCCUUAGCGUAUUUAAUUGCAUUGUGUUUCUCGUUUCGGGUAGAACAGAGUUUUCAAUGAUAGGAUUUAUUUGGAAAAAAGGAAUUCUGGUAGUUAUGCUGUGUUCUCUAUUUUUGCAUGAAAGUUGAAAGUAAGAUGUCCCCUUUAUAUGUGUGACAGCUUCAGGAUUAUGGCCUUCGUCUACUGAAGGGAAAUUGCUAUUUGAUCAUGUUAUAUCUUUUAUGGGACAAACAAAUGAGGGAAGUAGUGUUGAUUCAUCACAGAAAGCUGAGUCUUCAGAGCAUCCGCCAAAGGUUGACAAAUCAUCAGGGGAAUCUGAAUCUCCACAAAAACUCUCUACUGUUGAGGCAAAGGAAGGGGUCAAAACAAAAACUUUACAACACUCUUCAACUGAACAGAUGGCUGAUAAGGAGGAAAUUGAAGUUGUCAAGGAAGAAACAGAUGAUAAGCAUGCUGCGACGGUGGAGGAAACAGAGACAGUGGUAGCAGAGCCUGAAAAAUCUGAAUCUGAAUCAUCUUCACUGCCAGUUGAGCCCUUUGAACCCACUGUUAAGAAUGAUGGCCCAUCAGAAUCUGUGGGUUCUCAAGAUGACAACAAGAUUUCAGUAGUGGGACCCUCAGUAAAUCCAGAAACAAUGCAGGGUAAGUCAAGAGCUGUUGAGGUAGAUCAAGUUGAGGAGGGUCAUACUGUUCUUCCGCGUGAGGCACAUGAUGUUGAUGUGGAUGAACAAAAGACACAAGUAGAGCAGAAGGAUGGACAUAUGACUCAGGCUGGAGAGAUUGUUGAAACAGUUGCUAUGGUUGAAGCUGAGACUCCAACUGAUAGCCAGCCUGGAGGUUUUCCUCUUUGCUAAUUGAGAAUCAUGUGCAGUUAUGAUUUUAGAUCUGUAGAUAACCUGUUGUUGCUGAUAUUGCUACACGGGAGGAGAACAGAACAACGUGGAAAAUGUGCAAGAAGGGAGAGCUAACUCAUACAACGAAGAACAAAUUGAUGAAGUUAAGAUCAAAUUAGUAGAAUUUGUGAGCUCUCCAUUAUUUAUAAUUAUAGGUAGGAAGUAUGUAUGUAAUAGAGCAAAGAUUGGUUGACUAUGUAAUAACAAUUGAAUUGUCAAGUUUUAUGAAAGAAAUAAUUUUUGCUUCUUGGGA